AUGCAGGUGCAGGGGAAAGGGAAUUGGGUUAACCCGGGUUGGCCGGCGGUGCUAGGGCGUCGGGGCACGGUGGAGCCGGGCGUCGGGGCGCGGUGGAGCCGGGCGUCGGGGCGUCGGGUCGCGGUGGAGCCGGGGCGUCGUGGCGCGGUGAUGCCGGGGCGUCAUGGCGCGGUGGAGCCAGGGCGUCGGGGCACGGUGGAGCCGGGCGUCGGGGCGCGGUGGAGCCGGGCGUCGGGGCGCGGUGGAGCCGGGCCGUCGGGGGAGAGGGUGGCCGCGGCCGGCGGUGGCGUCGAGGCGUCGGGGGAGAGGGAGGCCGCGUCGGGGCGUGGUGGCCGCGGCCGGCGUCGGAGGAGAGGGAGGCCGCGCGGUGAACGCGGCCGCGUCGAGGCGUCGGGGAGAGGGACGCCGCGUCGGGUCCUAUUCUUGGGGCCUCCGACUACAAUCUGA